CCCGGCCCGGCUCGGCUCGGCUCGGCCGCGAUGCUGCAGCUCCGGGACGCGGUGGAGGGCGGCCCGGCCGGCAGCCCCGGUUCCCCCGAAGCGGAGACGGCAGCGGCGCUUCUGGUGCCGAGAGAGACCGGGCCGCCCUUGGAAACGAUCGCCGGGCGCGGCUCCCCGCCCGCCGGGCCCCCGCCUCGCCAGACGCUGCGGCCGCUCAGCGUGCGCACCGCCGGCCGCGCCGGCCGCCUCCGGGAGUACUUCGUGUUCCGGCCCGGCACGAUAGAGCAGGCGGUGAACGAGCUGCGCGCCGUCGUGCUGCCCGCCGAGGACGGGGGGGUGCAGAGCGUCUGGCUGCUCACCGAAAUCGAUCACUGGAACAACGAGAAGGAGCGUCUCGUUCUUAUCACGGAUUGGUCCCUCCUGAUCUGCAAAUACAACUUCAUCAGCCUGCAGUGCCAGCACGUGACGAGGAUAGGCCUCAGUGCAGUUGAUACCAUCUCUGUAGGAGAGUUUGAGUUCCCACCCAAAUCUCUGAACAGGCGAGAAGGUAUCGGUAUUCGAAUUCAGUGGGACAAGCAAAGUCGCGCCUCCUUCAUAAACAGAUGGAACCCGUGGUCCACAAACAUCCCAUAUGUCACCUUCACCGAACAUCCAAUGGCAGAUGCUGAUGAGAAGAUUGCAUCCCUUUGCCUAUUGGAACACUUUAAAGCUCAGCUAAUUCAAGCUGUGAAGAAAGCCCAUAAGGAGUGCCCCUUGCCAGGAAGGGCUAACGGCGUGCUAGUGCUGGAGCGUCCUCUUCUGAUCGAGACUUACCUGGGAUUGAUGUCCUUCAUCAACAACGAGGCCAAACUUGGCUACUCCAUGACAAGAGGCAAAAUUGGAUUUUAAAACUCGUUGCAUUUUAAAAUUCAUUGCAUUUAAUCUUUUCAAGGGAAAGCAAUUUGAUAGCGGUCUCCUGGGGAGAGCACGCCGUGUGGCAGAAUACCCAAUAAUCAAAGUGAAGAAGUUAGGGGAACGAAAGGUGGUAGUUGUGGAUCUGACUGUUCACGGGAGGCCCUGGUUGUUAUGGUCGGGUCAGAUUCAUCUGAAGCAGAUGCAAGGUAGUGUCAUUCUUGUAUUUUCCAUUCCUAACUACAUGUUCUUCCCUGUUAAUUAAGUGCGAUUGGUAUCUGCUACAAACACCCUGCACAAAUAGCCAAGGUGCAGUGGAAUGUUCAUGCCGUAUUACAGUUGCAUCCCUACAUAUGGUGUCAAAUCAUGUAGUGUGCUUGGGAUUGAUUUGUAUUGUUUAAAGAGGUAUUAGUGGUCACAAUUACACUAAUCUUAGCAUUUUGAUUAAUGCCUGUUAAGAAUUUUGAAAGCUGUGUCAGUCAUUCUUUUGCAAAACAGAGUCAGCAAAUUUUGUUAAAGCUGUACUGCUACAUCCGCUCAGAAGCAGUGUAUGUGAACUAUUACUUUGUAAACUGAAGCAUAUGGCUGAAUAUGUGUUUAUUAGCUUUUCGUAAAAAUACCUCCCUCUAAGAACUGAGUCUAACUGCCUAGUUUCUUAUGUAUGUUUUCUUGCUGCAGCCAUAGCAUAAAGACUCUUCUGAGAGAAUAUUGCCAAAAGCCUCACAAACACAUUUGCCUUCAAAGCUAUUUAUAAAACUGAAAAGGAAUUCUAUUUUGAUUAGAUUUAUAUUCUUAGCAUUUUUUCUUAAAUCUACUCUACUUUGGGACACAGCAGCAGUACAGGACUUCUUAAUGGAGACAGAUAAAACUUUAAGCACUGUACAUCAAUCUUGAUUUACACAUACAAAUGAAACUCAGAAGCAGCAUAAGAGAUGCCACAACUGAAACUGCCCAUGAGGUUACUCUAACAAGCUUUUUCAUUGUGUAUGACCUUCUAUGCAUGCUAUUUUAUCAGAGCAUUUAUCUGCGCAACUACAAUGCUGAAGAAGUGCUGUGCUGCAGUGAACUUACUUAAAGUAGAUGCGUGUUGAUGAAACUUAUGUAAGGCUGAAGUCAUGAUGGAAUGCAACAAGUUGCAUGCCCCUCUCUCAAUGCAUUUCCUAAGCUAUCUAUUUCAUUUGCCUUAAUCUAGCAGUAAAAUUGAAAUUUCAACUCA